GUACGUAAUCCUUGGCCUGACCCUGGACGACCUGACCUCCCUGACCGAGACGACGAACGGCAGGAAGACUGAGCACAUCUUGGGCAUCAUCGAGCCUCCCUCAGACCGAGCACCCCGGCCAGUACCGCCUGUACGUGAGCCAGCUGUACUGGGGCCGCGGGAUGGGCCUCGCCACCACCUGGCGGCGCUCGGGGUUCACGCGGCGCGCCGACCUCUUCCCCGACAAGACGUCCGACCUGCGGGGGGCGGAGCUCAAGGUGGUGCAGUUCGAACUGCCGCCGCACAUCAUCUACGAGCGCGACGCGGGCGGCCUCCUCGCGCGUCGCUUCGGCCGCGACGUGGAGGUGGUGCGGGCGCUGGCGAAGGUCUUCGGGUUCACGCCGGUGUUCGUCGAGCCGCCCCCUGGCCAGCUGUGGGGCGACCGCCUGCCCAACGGCAGCUGGGACGGCAUCGUCGCCGUGCUCUACACCGGUAAGGCCGAUAUUGGCGUAGGAAACUUGUACGUGAGUGACCUUCACGACCGGAUGGAUUUCCAACACUACAGUGCACCGUAUGCUGUUGAGAGGAGCUGCUUCACGGCCAAGAUGGAGCCCCCGGUGCCCCGCUGGCGGUCGCUCGUCCUCCCUUACCAGACGGAGACGUGGCUGGCCUUCCUGGCGGCGCUCGCCGUCUGCGCCUGCGUCAUCUACCUCCUCUUCUUCCUGACUCGGUUUAGCGGAGGCAGCGAAGAGCACCAAAGCCUCCUGACGGCGGCGUCUUCGUUCCUGUACGCCGCGGGGAUGCACUUCCGGCAGCCGCAGUACCGCGUCCCCGCGAGGGACAGCACGCGCUCCUUCUUCCUCCUGCUGUGGUUCUACGCUAUCGUCCUCACCACCAGCUACAGCUCCAACCUGACGGCGUUCCUAACGAAGUCGAGGCAGCCGAAGGGCAUGGAGACCAUCAGGGAGCUGCGGGAGGCCAACCUGCCCAUCCUCUGCGUCAACUCGUUCUUUAAAGGGUCCAUGGUUCUGUCGGAGAAUAAGGACAUACAGGCACUAGCAGACCGCUACCGCGUCGUCCCGGGGUUCGAACAGGUAUACAAGCUGGUUCUGGCGGGCGAGGGCGUCAACAUCGAGAGCCGCAGCUACCUCGAGUACGUCGUGUCCACGCAGUUCACUACCCCCCAGGGCCGCCCCAGGAUGAGAAUCAUGAAGGAAUGCAUCUCCGUCAGCCACAUCGCGAUGGGUUUCGAGAUUUAUUCGCCUCUGAAGGCAAAAUUCAGCAAGGUCAUUAUGUGGAUGGUCGAGGGCGGCCUCAUUACCAACUGGUUCUUCGGGGCGAUUGAGCGCGCCAAGAAGAUACAAGAAGCGGAAAAAUCCCAAAUGAAAGGAAACCGCAGCCCAGUCGAGGAGGAGGUAGAAGCCAGGAGCGGUGACGCAAUCGCCCUGAGCAUUGACCACAUGCAAAGUAUUUUCUAUUUACUCAUCUUGGGGUAUCUGGCAUCUGCCUUUGUUUUUCUGAUAGAGGUCAUCAGAAGGUGAUUUUUUUUUCUGAUUUGUUUCUUGGUGACCUGAUGAUGGUCUUAUUGAUGGAUUAUUGGCGUGAGUUU